ACAAGCACAUGCAUUAUUUUAUUGAUUAUUGAGCUAAGUCUAAUGCAAACACAAACUCCAUUAAUUCUCCCCUGUCUCCCCCCAGCAGGCUCAUGAUCUUAGACCUGAGCCACAUGAAGAAAUCAAUUAAUGAAUCAUAGCCAUGGAACACACAUUCUAUGCAAAGUUGUACUUUAUAGGAUGCAGCCCAUGUGUACAGUGUGUGUGUUGCGUGACUGUUAGCUAUGGGAAAUAGUGAGAGAAUUGUAUUCCUUCCUAGACUGUCUCAGUCAGUGUCCUCUGUUAACAUAUUAGUCCACUGGAGCGCUCUAACUUUGUGAGCCCAUGUGAUUUUCCUUGUCAACUCAAGUAACUUUCUCUCAACUUUCUGCUAAAGGUGCCUCAUAAGGCCAACAUGCCCUCCUCCUGUACGGGUUGAGUAGACACCAUGUUUUUCAGAAGGGACUUGAUAGGUCCCAAAAGUGGUGCAAACGGGACUGAAGUGAACUGAUUUGUGGGGGAUUAGAGAUUAAGAUUUCCCCUCCCGCUGAGAUGGGCUUUAGUGGAGUAAAUCUGUGGAUUAUGAUGUCAGAGGCCCGUGGUUGUCGGAGAGGAAAUUGUAUUGUCAGAGGAGUGCCGAUGGCCAGGAUUAUGGAACGGUCAGUGAGGAGAUAUAGGAAUGGGAAGCCAUGUCUGUGCCAUACCCCUGUACAGUAAAACCUUCAGGGAAGAACAUCAACCACUAUUGGAAUUUGUGAGUUGUCUCUCCACGAUGCUGUUCAGAUGCUGAUUCAGUGAGAGAAAGAUAGUGUUAUUAUAUUUUGCCUGCAUUUUAAAGCAUCAAGUGCCUUCCCCGGCUGCUGCUAUAGAGGGGCUCACCAAGACCAAGAAGAUGAAGGUGAAGUGGACUCAGCUGGGCAUGGUGUUCUUCCUGUUGCUCUCUCUGGUCAUGACAGGAUGCUUCCUCUGGCAGUACCAGAUCCCAAAGUUACUGCCAAAUGAGAGCAUGGGAGGCAAUGCCAAAUCAGAACGGAUGUGCCCACGCUUCCCUGAGCCUCUCCCCCUUGAGCACCCUAUCCCUACUCUGAAAGAGGCACUGGAAAAGGUGGAUACACUGCUGCGCCAAAUCAUCAAUCCUACUAGUCUUCCCUCUUUGUCGGCCAUUGUGAUUUUCAACAACACCGUUCUGUGGACUGGUAACUUUGGCAAGAGGAACAGAAGUGACCCACUCUCAGCUCCUCCCAAUGAGUACACCAUAUACAGGAUUGCCAGCCUUUCCAAGAUCUUCCCAACGCUGAUGCUAUACAGGCUGUGGGACGAUGGGAAGAUAACCUCUCUGGAUGACCCUCUGGAGAAAUAUGUGGAUAACUUCACCAUUAAAAAUCCUCUGGGCAAGUCACGGGACUCUGAGCUCAAGUACGUGACAGACGGCCUGAUCUUCCUGGAUAGUGGAGAGGUUCAGAUCCGCUCCUCCUCUGUCACUCUGCGCAGGAUGGCCAGUCAGCUCUCAGGUCUACCCAGAAGACUAAGAGCCACUAACCUGCUGUGGAAGGGGAAAACACAGGCUGCAGUGAAUCUGCUGCAAGAUGAUGUCCUUGUUGCAGACCCUGGCACCAAAUGCCACUACAGUAACCUAGCCUUUUCCUUACUGGCCCACGUCAUGGCUGAGAAGGUGGUGGGCCUGGACUACCAGCGCUGGAUCAAUGAUAACAUCCUGGACCGGCUGGGGAUGGAGGACACAGGCUUUGACUACACCCCAGGGAUCCAAAGCCAGAUGGCUGUGGGCGUCUACUCCAGUGGCCAGCCAGCCCCUCUGUAUGACCUGGGCUGGUACCGCCCCUCAGGGCAGAUGUUCUCCACUGCCGCUGACCUUGCCAAGCUGGCCAUGAUGCUGCUGGGGGCCUACCACCGCAAGCUCCUGGAGCCCGACACCCUGAAGAUCAUGCUGACCCCGCUGUACCGCUGUGAUAAGGACUACUUUGCCAACCGCACCGGGACGCCUUGGGAGGUGAAUGAGCAGCUGGGCUACGAGGUGCUGCGUAAAGACGGAGACCUGGAUGGCUACUCAGCCACCUUCUCACUGGUGCCCAGGCUCAAGCUGGGCCUGGUGGUGCUGAUGGCUGGCACCAGACCUCAGAACCUGGAGGUGGUGGCCAAGGCUUACAGUCACAUCAUACCCGCCAUGGAGAGGGUGUUCCGGGAGGCCAAAAAGAUCCUCAUCCCUCCCCCUAUUCCAGACCCUUACAUAGGCUUCUUCACUUAUGGAAACAUCACCUUCUAUGAGAUCAAAGCUGGGGCAGACGGUGUUCUGAUCAUGCAGCAGUUUGGUCCCCAGAUUGAGGACCUGAUCCCAGAGAGAUAUCGGACAAUCAAGCUGAACUACCUGGUAGACAGGGUGUUCAGGGUGGUGUUUGAGAAGGAGUACCCCUGUGUUUUGCGGGUCAGCACUGCUUCAGUCUCCCUUGAGGCCCAAGACGGGCAGCUCUUUAACUUUUAUGUGUUUGACAAGCGUGGUCUGUCCCCUGGCUUCGAUGCACCAGGACUGAAUACAUACAAUGUGAUCCGGAUAGCCCGUAGGCCGACUUUCUCAAACUAACUGAACUCAUAGAACGGAAAGGCACAUGUACAUGCUGAAUGAAGGUCCUUUUUGUGUCUUUAGCCUAUAUUUAAUAGGGAUACUCUGAAAUUAAAGAAAACAUUGCUGUCAGACAGUGAGUAGACUGUAUCAGGAUGAAUUGCAAAAGAAGGCACACAGACAGAUUUUUCUUUUUUUACCCACUGACGUCAACGUUUUUUAUUUCUGUGUCAAAUAAUUGCAUUGCAAAUAUUCAUCCUUUUUAUACAGUUGAUAACCUGACCUUAAACAUACACUACAUGACCAAAGGUAUGUGGACACCUGCUUGUCGAAGAUCUCCUUCCAAAAUCAUGGGCUAUAACAUGGAGUUGGUCCCCUAUUUGCUACUAUAACCUCCACUCCACUCGUCUGAGAAGGGUUUCCAGUAGAUGUUGGAACAUUGCUGCAGGGACAUGCCACAAGAGCAUUAGUGAGGUUGAGCCCUGAUGUUUGGCAAUUAGGCCUGGCUCGCAUUGGGCAUUCCAAUUCAUCCCAAAGGUGUUCGAUAGGGUUGAGGUCAGGGCUCUGUGUAGGCCAGUCAAGUUCUUCCACACCGAUCUCGAAAAACCAUUUCUGUACGGACCUUGCUUUGUGCAUUGUGGCAUUGGCAUGCGGAAACAGGAAAGGGCCUUCCUCAAAGUUAUACAGUACCAGUCAAAAGUUUGGAGACACGUACUCAAGGGUUUUUCUUUAGUUUUACUAUUUUCUACAUUGUAGAAUAAUAGUGAAAACAUCAACACUAUGAUAUAACACAUAUGGAAUCAUGUAGUAACCAAAACAGUGUUAAACAAAUAAAAAUAUAUUUUAGAUUUUAGAUUCUUCAAAGUAGCCACCUUUUGCCUUGAUGACAGCUUUGCACACUAUUGGCAUUCGCUCAACCAGCUUCAUGAGAUAGUCACCUGGAAUGCUUUCCCAACAGUCUUGAAGGAGUUCCCACAUAUGCUGAACACUUGCUGGCUGCUUUUCCUUUACUCUACAGUCCAAUUCAUCCCAAACCAUAUCAAUUAGGUUGAGGUUGGGUGAUUGUGGAGGCCAGGUCAUCUGAUGCAGCACUCAUCACUCUCAUUCUUGAUCAAAUAGCCCUUACACAUCCUGGAGGUGUGUUUUGGGUCAUUGUCCUGUUGAAAAACAAAUAGUCCCAUUAAGUGCAAAGCAGAUGGGAUGAUGUAUCGCUGCAGAAUGCUGUGGUAGCUAUGCUGGUUAAGUGUGCCUUGAAUUCUAAAUAAGUCAUAGACAGGGUCACCAACAAAGCAGCCCCACACCAUCACACCUCCUCCUUCAUUCUUUACGGUGGGAACCACACAUGCAGAGAUCAUCCGUUCAUCCGUUCACCUGUCUCACGAAGACACGGCGGUUGGAACAAAAAAUCUAUAAUUUUGACUCAUCAGACCAAAGGACAGAUUUUCAUUGGUCUAAUGUCCAUUGCUCAUGUUUCUUGGCCAAAGCAAGUCACUUCUUCUUAUUGGUGUCCUUUAGUAGUGUUGUCUUUGCAGCAAUUUGACCAUGAAGGCCAGAUUUACGCAGUCUCCGCUGAACAGUUGAUGUUGAGAUGUGUCUGUUACUUUAAGUCUGUGAACCAUUUAUUUGUGCUGCAAUCUGAGGUGCAGUUAAUUGCCGAUUUCUGAUUCUGGUAACUCUAAUGAACUUAUCCUAACUCUGGGUCUUCCUUUCCUGUGGAAGUCCCCAUGAGAGCGAGUUUCAGCAUAGCGCUUGAUGAUUUUUGCGACUGCAUUUGAAGAAACUUUCAGUUCUUGACAUUUUCCGCAUUGACUGACCUUCAUGUUUUAAAGUAAUGAUGGACUGUCGUUUCUCUUUGCUUAUUUGAGCUGUUCUUACCAUAAUAUGGACUUGGUCUUUUUCUUCCGUACACCAACCCUACCUUGUCACGACACAACUGAUUGGCACAAACGCAUUAAGAAGGAAAGAAAUUCCACAAAUUAUCUUUUAAAAAGGCACACCUGUUAAUUGAAAUGCAUUCCAAUGUCAAGAGUGUGCAAAGAUGUCAUCAAGGCGAAGGGUGGCUUCUCAAAUAUAUAUACAGUGCCUUGCGAAAGUAUUCGGCCCCCUUGAACUUUGCGACCUUUUGCCUCAUUUCAGGCUUCAAACAUAAAUAUAUAAAACUGUAUUCUUUUGUGAAGAAUCAACAACAAGUGGGACACAAUCAUGAAGUGGAACGACAUUUAUUGGAUAUUUCAAACUUUUUUAACAAAUCAAAAACGGAAAAAAUGGGUGUGCAAAAUUAUUCAGCCCCCUUAAGUUAAUACUUUGUAGCGCCACCUUUUGCUGCGAUUACAGCUGUAAGUCGCUUGGGGUAUGUCUCUAUCAGUUUUGCACAUCGAGAGACUGAAAUUUUUUCCCAUUCCUCCUUGCAAAACAGCUCGAGCUCAGUGAGGUUGGAUGGAGAGCAUUUGUGAACAGCAGUUUUCAGUUCUUUCCACAGAUUCUCGAUUGGAUUCAGGUCUGGACUUUGACUUGGCCAUUCUAACACCUGGAUAUGUUUAUUUUUGAACCAUUCCAUUGUAGAUUUUGCUUUAUGUUUUGGAUCAUUGUCUUGUUGGAAGACAAAUCUCCGUCCCAGUCUCAGGUCUUUUGCAGACUCCAUCAGGUUUUCUUCCAGAAUGGUCCUGUAUUUGGCUCCAUCCAUCUUCCCUGUCCCUGCUGAAGAAAAGCAGGCCCAAACCAUGAUGCUGCCACCACCAUGUUUGACAGUGGGGAUGGUGUGUUCAGGGUGAUGAGCUGUGUUGCUUUUACGUCAAACAUAAUGUUUUGCAUUGUUGCCAAAAAGUUCAAUUUUGGUUUAAUCUGACCAGAGCACCUUCUUCCACAUGUUUGGUGUGUCUCCCAGGUGGCUUGUGGCAAACUUUAAACAACACUUUUUAUGGAUAUCUUUAAGAAACGGCUUUCUUCUUGCCACUCUUCCAUAAAGGCCAGAUUUGUGCAAUAUACGACUGAUUGUUGUCCUAUGGACAGAGUCUCCCACCUCAGCUGUAGAUCUCUGCAGUUCAUCCAGAGUGAUCAUGGGCCUCUUGGCUGCAUCUCUGAUCAGUCUUCUCCUUGUAUGAGCUGAAAGUUUAGAGGGACGGCCAGGUCUUGGUAGAUUUGCAGUGGUCUGAUACUCCUUCCAUUUCAAUAUUAUCGCUUGCACAGUGCUCCUUGGGAUGUUUAAAGCUUGGGAAAUCUUUUUGUAUCCAAAUCCAGCAUUAAACUUCUUCACAACAGUAUCUCGGACCUGCCUGGUGUGUUCCUUGUUCUUCAUGAUGCUCUCUGCGCUUUUAACGGACCUCUGAGACUAUCACAGUGCAGGUGCAUGUAUACGGAGACUUGAUUACACACAGGUGGAUUGUAUUUAUCAUCAUUAGUCAUUUAGGUCAACAUUGGAUCAUUCAGAGAUCCUCACUGAACUUCUGGAGAGAGUUUGCUGCACUGAAAGUAAAGGGGCUGAAUAAUUUUUGCACGCCCAAUUUUCCAGUUUUGAUUUGUUAAAAAAGUUUGAAAUAUCCAAUAAAUGUCGUUCCACUUCAUGAUUGUGUCCCAAUUGUUGUUGAUUCUUCACAAAAAAAUACAGUUUUAUAUCUUUAUGUUUGAAGCCUGAAAUGUGGCAAAAGGUCGCAAAGUUCAAGGGGGCCGAAUACUUUCGCAAGGCACUGUAUAAUCUCAAAUAUAAAAUAUAUUUUGAUUUGUUUAACACUUUUUUGGUUACUACAUGAUUCCAUAUUGUGUUAUUUCAUAGCUUUGAUGUCUUCACUAUUAUUCUACAAUGUAGCGAAUAGUAAAAAAAUAAAGAAAAAUCCUUGAGUGAGUAGGUUGUCCAAACUUUUGACUAGUACUGUAUAGUGCAUUAUACUGUACAGAUGUAGUAUUUUAAUUUGAGCCAGUUUGCUACAGCAGGAAAAUAAUUUAAUGUAAUUAUGUGGAUUAUAAUUAAUGGAUUUUUUUGAGAGAGGUUGAUACAUUUUUCAUUAGGGAAAAUCAAGUCUGACAUUUUAAAGUGUAAGUUACAAACUUCUGCUUUUUAAACCUGGAAUACAUAAGUUUCUUAUCAACAAAAGAGUGACCAAAUUAAGAUCCUACAUCUGUACAGCUUUUACAGAUUUCUUUUUACCUUUAUUUAACUAGGCAAGUCAGUUAAAGAACUAUUUCUUAUUUUCAAGGACAGCCUAGGAACAGUGGGUAACCUGCCUUGUUCAGGGGCAGAACAACAGAUUUUUACCUUGUCAGCUGAGGGAUUCGAUCUUGCAACAUUUCGGUUAAUAGUCAGACACUCUAACCACUAGGCUACCCUGCCGCCCUACACUGUAUUGUGGCACAGUAUUUCCUGUCUUUCCUGCACUAUGCACAUUGUUACUGUACUCUUAUAUUUGUCAGCUUGUCCUAUCCUAACAUUGCAUUUGUAACAAAACAACAUAAUGUAAAUAUGGUAUGCUGGCAUCAAUCAACACACUUCAAUUGUAACACUGUCAUUUGCAUGUGGAUGUUCAUGUUUUUUUGCCCUAUGAAUCUCAAAGAUGUCAAAUGCACGUUUCUACUGCAGCAAAAGAUGGAUUUAUUUUAGUUUAUUAUCAAAUUAUAUCCUGAUCAUUUUUGACCUACGAAAAAUCCAUAAAAUGUGUUCAUACCAAACAAAAAUAAACUCAGAUUUUUAAAUAGA